UUCGGGUUAACCCGACCCGAAUGCAGUUAAAAGCUGUUGAUUUUGAUUUGCAAACUCUAGAACUAAGACAAACGGAGAAAUGGCGGUAAGUAGUUACCAGUAUGUGGUUUGGUUUCCAUUGUCAUCUUCUUUAUCAUCAACCAAGAAAAAAUGGAAACUUGAAGCUGCCUCCGGUUCUACGGAAGAAAUUAGGGUGUGUACAAACCGAAGUUGCCGUAGGCAAGGUUCCGUACAGACGUUACAAGUAAUUAAAGAUAUCUCCCCUCCCAACAUCUCUGUUAACUCAUGCGGCUGCCUGGGCCGAUGCGGUGCGGGUCCCAACGUAGUGCGUCUUCCUCAAGGGAUAAUUGUCGGACAUUGCUCCACUGCUACUUCAGCCGCUCGCGUUACGGUUGGCCAAGAUGAUGCCGCAAUCCGCAAGGCUUUAGAUGCGCUUGCUUUAAGAAACAAAGCCCAGGCUGAAAUUGAUCAGGGCAAUUUCUACCAGGCUGAACUCUUACUUUCACAGGCUAUAAAUCAUAAACCAUUCAGUGGCCUCCAUACUACAUAUAAAUGCAGGUCUCUCGUGAGAUUGGCAAUGGGAAACUAUACAGGGGCUCUUGAAGAUGCGCAGGAAGCUUUGAAUCUGUCUCCUCAAUAUCUUGAGGCAUAUAUGUGUGAAGGUGAUGCUUUCAUGGAAAUGGAACAAUAUGAUGCCGCUGAGAAGUCGUAUUCAAUGUGUUUGCAGAUAGAUCCUACUGUUCGGCGCUCCAAAUCAUUCAAGACUCGAGUUUCAAAGCUUCAGGAGAGACUAAUUGCUGCAAGUAUGUCACACAACCAGCAAUAACAGUGACGUUUUGGAUGCAUGUGUAUCAACAAACAAAGAUUAAAUCUUGUGUUUCCUCGUUCCAGGUUUGACUUUUCCACUAAAAUAUUUCCCGUCAACCUUCUAGGGAUCGAGAUAGAUUUAUUGUUUCUCAUCAGAAAUUAUGAUGCAUGAUAAGGUUUUAUACACAGUUGAUUGAAGAUAUGGAUAAGCCAUGUAAGGAUUUCAUGAAAAGAAGGGGAAUCAGAAUAUGACCCUAGUACCUUGUUUAACUGAUAUUAUACGCUGAUUCUUGGUGUUAUUGCCUACCUACUUCAAAUACCAAGACUUUUCCCUGCCUGGCAUUUUCACCAUCACAUGUGAAUCUGAACUCUGAAUAGAUUCAUGUUUAUAUGCCGAGAUCAAUAAAGUCAAAUAUUAGGCUUGCAUAUUGCUUAUGCUUGAUUGGCCCUCCUGUUCUUUACGUUCUUGAGAAUUUAUAGAUUUUGGAAGACUAGAAACAACAAAAUUUAUUUCAAAGUGUAACGAACUGUUUCAGUUGAUCUGCCUAGAUCAACAAAUUAAUACUAGUUUGUUCUGCUGCUGCUAUUAUCUUAUAUAUAUUAUACUGCUAGGUAGUGCCUCAAGGCAUGUAUGACUAUAUGAUAAAGAAUCUGCUGCUGCUGUGCUCCUGCUACUACACAGAUUAGUGGAAUGAGAAAACUAGUUGAUGGUGCAAAUUCAUACUACUACUUUUAGUAUUUUGUCAGGACCUGAUUUUCAAAUAACAUGGAUUCAUUGUUAUUGAUUUGAGGUUUUUUGGAUUUAAAUGUAAUUUUGCAUUCUGUUGAUUAGUUGUUUAGCUGAAUUGACAAAUGUUGUUUAUAGUUGGCAUAUGAGUUGGCAAGUAGUGAGCUUAUGUGUCCUUCAUGCAGAAUUAAUAAAAUAAUGACUUGUAAAGUGAAUAACAGUGUAUCGAAGAUUAAUUAAAUAGUAUCUUUCUUAUCUUUUCUCUC